AUGGCGGGCAAGCAGGUCAGAGGGUACCCCAACCUAGACAAAGGAAUGUGGUUCCACCAGCUUGAAUGUGUCUCCAAGUCGCGAUGCUGUGUCUCGGCGCUGCGGGAGCUGGUCCACAGGUGGCUCGGCCCUCGCCACUUCGAGUGCUUACCGCACCUCCUGGCCCUGCUGCUCUUCUCCGUCCUGCUCGUGCUGAAGGUGGACGGCGGCGGCGCGGAGCUGUCCUGGUGGAAAGUUUUCAUCCCCUUCUUCGCCGCCGACGGGCUGAGCACCUACUUCACCACCAUCGUCUCCGUGCGGCUGUUCCAGGACGGGGAGAAGCGCCUGGCCGUCCUGCGCCUCUUCUGGAUCCUCACCAUCCUGAGCCUCAAGUUCGUCUUUGAGAUGCUUUUGUGUCAGAAACUCGUGGAGCAGACCAGGGAGCUCUGGUACGGACUCAUCAUGUCCCCCAUCUUCAUCCUGCUCCAGCUCCUCAUGAUCCGAGCCUGCAGGGUAAACUGAAGACCCGGGGCACUGGGGACUUGCACCUCCCAUGGCAGUCAGAGGAGCACUGUCCCGCCGCUGAAGUAUUAACCCUCAACCGAAGCGUUAAUCGAGCUUUGCUGCUUAGGGUUUGGCAACUUUCUAGUCAUUCUCUUUGGCCGUAUAAGUCUGAGGUGUGAGAAGAAGCUUUUGUACUUUAUUAAAUUAUUACAUAAUAUUGGCCCUGUGUUUUCCCAAAAUAUAUAGUUAUGUUGUGUCAUUCAGCUAAGGGGCAUUUCACACCUUGUUGUUCAUGUUAAAAUGUCAUGAAAUGCAAACAUAACCUGCUCAUGUCACUUGUUUUGUAUUAAAAAUGUAUAGGUGAUAUUUAGUAGUUUCCUUUAUAAGCUCUCUUCUUUAGAAAGUCAGUGGUCAUAACCUUUGUUUUGGAAUGUGUGUUACUCUAGGGCUGACUGUGCCUUGACCAAAAAUUUGGACCAUGUCAAAAAAUAAUUGACUAUCCCUUCCCAUUGGGUUAGUUAAAUCUGCCACAGACUUCUUUGCAAAAGUCAAAAUGACAUAGCCAAAAAGCAAAUGCAGCUGUUGGUGUACCACUCCCACACAAUCAACUUGUGAAAAACUGUGCUUCAACAUGUAUGCAGGGUUCAUGACCUCAGAUGUGGGUGGGGGGGGGGGGAACAUAGUCUUUAUAGAACAAGAACUGAAGCAGUUUGAUAGGGGUGUUUUCUGUGUAGUUCGGUGUGUUGAAUGUAAGUACCACAAGAAACUCCCAGUACAGAAGAGACUCUGAAUUGUCAAGUAGCCUGACGUUCUGAAGUGUGGCUUCAUCCCUUAUUCUGCUUUCAGAGUCUCAUGAUUGCCGCCAAUGGGAAUAUUUCCCCCAUUUCAUAGCUACUUCAGUGCCUAGGGUCAGUGGCUAUAGAAUAACUGGCUGUUUUCCUGUUUGCCACGAAUUUGAGAUAGCCCUUUACUGGUUUUUUUUUAGUGUCAUUCGUUUUGUGUACCCCAUUUCUGUUUGGAGGAUGGAUCAUGUUCUGCUCAGCUGUUACAGUGCCUCUUAACUGAUGUUUGAUACUGCACUUUAUGGCUUAGUAACUGUUCCUAUGUGCAACUGCCGUGUCUUGGAGACUGUAGUCACUCUUCACAUUUGGGAAUAUAAACCUUGUUUGCAUGUUCCCCAAAUUUUAAAAUGUGGUCUAUGUUAAUUUCCUUUGAAUUUGGAGGGGUUCUGCUUCCCCGCCUCUCUCCCACUGUGCUCCUUCAGACAGGGUGGGUGAAGGAUACAGGGUGUUAAGUUUUGUUGCAACUCCAGUUGUUUUUUUUUUCUUUUUAAAGUAUUUCUUCUGUUCCUCCCCCUCCAGCCUUUUAUUUAAUUAAUUAAUUUAAUUAAACUGGUUCCAGGUGCUUCUAAUACAAGAAGCUUUGCAGCUGUAUAUAUUCCUGUAGUGUUUUCCAAGACAGUAAAAUGCAGGUCAUCAGCAUCUCAUGAUCUUUAUUUCAUGCCUGUGAACUGCCGAGGAAGAGUGCUACUGUACUAGAAUGCUGCCUUAGUACCCAAGGAAAACAAGCUGAGAUUUUCCCACAAGACAGAGAGAAAGUUUCUUGGGCUUGAACUAAAUGGAGAGCCCUGCAUUGGACCACGUAAACCUAUCUAGGAAGCUAUAUGGGAGAGAUGGAAAAUGACCUAUUACAUUACACCCAGGCAGUCCUAUCCCCUCCGGGGUGGGGUGGGAGGUGGCUGUGUGGGAUUGGACACUGCCAGGCAGUCCGGCCCCUGCCUUGGCAGGGGCUGUGUGCUCAGCCAUUGCCUCUCUGCUAUCACACCGGUGUGCAUAUCCUGCCUUUGCACCCUGCUGUUACACAGUUGAGUCCUUGGCUCAGUGGUGCCAUGCAGUCUUUGCUAACAGAUCCUGGCUGUAUGGAAUUCAGAGAGACCCCUUGGUGGUAGUGCUUUGGUUCCCAUAGCCUGGGAUAUGCACGGGAUUAAUACCUUGAUGGCUGGAUGAUCUUGAUAAAGCAGAAGUCCAGUGUGGCCAGAAGGUUUCCACGCAUUGUUAUCAGCACUAAACAAGCACUACCUGGUCAGUGCAUUUGAGUAUGCACGGUGGUCACAUUAAUUUUCAUUCUGCAAAUGCAGGCUGAUGUUAGCCCCCGCUUCAAUGAUGCCUACAAGAACCUAACCAUCUACUAACAGCCAGGCAGAAGGUUAACUUGGGAAAGUGAAAAUAUUUGUAUAUCAUUUGAGCUUUGUAGUGUCAGAAUGUGGCAAAUCAUUAGCCCUCCCCCCAGUUCCAACCUCUCUUUCUUUUUGUUUCCUUCAGAGUGUAAGCUCUUUGGGACAGAGGCAGGUCUUUUGUACAGCAGCACGCUGAUGUUAUCCAAAACAAACACUAAAUCUUCCUGCUUUGCAGAAAUUUCUGUGCAGCUGAGCGUAAUCGGUCUGUGCAGGUAUGUAAAAGUCCCUGUGCUUAAGACUCACUAACAGGAUCAAGUGCCUCCUGCAGUCAACAAAGGGCUGUUUUUCUACCUUUUCUGUAAGAGGAAGUGAAACUGCUGUUGUUUAAGUAGCAGGCUGGACCUGGGUGUGGCUCAUUGAAGACUGCAGGUGCUGAAGAUCAGUUAUAUAACUUGCUGCAGACACAUUCUGUCAGCUCCCCCUGCAACCUCUCAUAUAUGGGUAAGAUUUCAGAAUGGAUUGCACAUAACUCCAGUUAUUUGAGUCCUCUUAUCUUAUGCAUGGCUAAAUGAUUACAUGAACUCCUGAUUAGCCAAAGAAAUUUGGUGUCAAGGAUAAUGCCUUUACUACAACUGGAGUGGCAAAGGCUGGUGCUGUAUGUUCUGAUGCAUGAAUAAUAAAAAAUGCAAGAAAAGUCAU